UUGCAUGCAUGAGGUGUUUUCUAGCUGCAGCUUCAAGUCGCCUCCUGCAAAACGAGUCUCUCCGAGGGGAAAGCGAGGGAAGAGGCGCAGUGAAAAUAAGGAGGAGGCGGGGGGUUCUUGUGUUUCACAUCAGAGGAGCAGCACGGAAAAACGGCCCGAAAGCGAGGAUAAGGUGUCGGAUAGCAAAAGCAGAGGGAAUACACGGGAGCUACUCUUGUGUCGGAAAAUGGAGCUACCCGCCGCUGGAGAGCACGUCUUUGCGGUGGAGAGCAUCGAGAAGAAGCGCAGCAGAAAGGGGAGAUUUGAGUACCUGGUCAAGUGGCGAGGAUGGUCUCCUAAAUACAACACGUGGGAACCAGAAGAAAACAUCCUGGACCCAAGGCUGCUUGAUGCUUUCCAAGACAGGGAACGCCAUGAGCAGCUGAUGGGAUAUCGCAAGAGAGGACCCAAACCCAAGCACCUCCUGGUUCAGGUGCCUUCUUUCGCCCGGAGAUCCAGCAUCCUGGCUGACCUCCAUGAGGCGUCCCUGGAGGAGGAGAGCUGUCUGAAGCCCAGCCCCAUGCAGAUGCUCCGUCCCCAGGGCCAGCAGUACCAGCUGAACAGCAAGAAGCACCACCCGUACCAGCCGCUGUGCCGGGAGCGCGACACCGAGCAGCCGGCACACGGCAAGAAGUUCUUCUACCAGCUCAACAGCAAGAAGCACCACCACUACCAGCCAGACCUCAAGGGCCACGAGCCCAUCUUUGCUAAACCCAGAGAGGUGAAGGCUCCGGAGCUGGUGAACAAAGGGUACAACCUUCCCCCGGUGCUGCAGCAGAAGUGGGUCCGGGACAAGGACUCCGGUUGUCUGACAAAAGUCAAGGAUAUCACCAUGGAGCUGAAGAAGCUCCCAGCGGACCUCAACGGCCACAAAGAGCCGGAGAAGGUCCAACCUAAAGAGGAUGCUACACUAACGCAGUCGAAUGGAGUCAGCAACGGCAAGUUAAAGAUCGUGAAGAACAAAAACAAGAACGGGCGGAUUGUUAUUGUCAUGAGCAAGUACAUGGAAAACGGAAUGAAAGCGGCUAAGAUUAAAAACGGCGGCUCUGACAUCGCUGGAAAGCCGCUGCAAGCAGCUGACAGCAGCACGGAGAACCACCUCGAGAAAAUGAAGCUCGUCAGGAAGCUCGGCCUCAUGAACGGAUUUGCCAAAAACCCCAAAGACGAAACAACCUUUCCUAGUUCUGGAUUUAAAGUGCAUUGCCUCAAAGAAAAGCAACAGUCCCCCAAAACGGAGCCAACUGUGACGGAACAGGAUAAACCUGUCAGGGUCAGGGGUCAGGGGCAGCUUUCAGAAGAUCAGCCUUUACAACUGACAAGUUGUAAAGGCACAACCAAGCCUAAUCUGCUCUCGCUGCCUUUGGAUAGGGGAGUUCCCUCCCCACUGGACAAAAGAGGGAACCAAGGUGGAUUUCAAGGACUGAAGCGACACCUCUCUGACCCAGACAGCGAGGAUCAUGGGAGUAGUAAGAGGUUUCUGAGCUGCAGGAGUAUCAGCCCUCCUUACGCCACAUCUCCACCCACCCAAAGCAUCAGCACCAACCAAAACACACACCAGAGUCCCACUGGACUGCAGGACUGUGGGUACGCAGACCAGGAGGAACCUAUCGACUUAAGUGUUGUCAAGUCCCGGCCUAAAGCUACGCAGCCUGAAACACAAACUGAAACUGUAACACAAUCUGAAACACACACACAGGAUGAAACAGACACACACACGGACGUACGGACAGAAACUGAAAUACAGAAAACUACAGAGGAGGAUAAAGUCAAUUCAUUGUCUGUGUGUAACCAUGAGAAGAGAAAAGAGGAGACGUUUCCCUCUCUCCAGCCUUUCCUCGGGAAUAUAGUGAUCACAGACAUUACCACGAACUGCCUCACAGUCACCUUUAAGGAAUACAUUACAGCGUAACGGACCUGUGGAACUGCAUACAUUUACAUUCAAUAUAUUUGUAUUUUCGGAUGCUUGAAUGUACAAACGGACCCUUGAUGUUUUUUUCAUUUUGUAUAGUUCCCAUAAAGAAAAAAUAUCCUUUAUUGCGUUUUUGCAUAUUUCUUCUUAUAAGCUCUCUGUUGUUACUCCUGGAGAUUUUUUAUCACAUACGUUACCUAAUUUCAAGCCAAAUUAGGUCAAAUAAAUGUCUGAAAUUGAUUGAAGAUGCACUUAUCUCUUGUAAAUACUCUUCACUUUUCUAUGGAUGUAAUUUGAUUAUUCACUCAAACUGUCGGCAUCUUUGACAAUGCUAAACAAAUGUAGGCUUUAUGGAGUUUUGUAAAGAAAGAUUAUAUUGAACCAUGGUAAAUUACACUGUGUGUGUGUGUGUGCGUGUGUGUGUGUGUGUGUGUGUGUGUGUGUGACAGAUGGACCGACUGAAACAAGGAUGCAUGCUGUUUGGACAGAUAAUGCUAUUAGGCAUGCUUAAACAAGCAGAUCAGAAAAAACUAAGCACCUUUCUGUCAGUAAAUGUGAUCUGCAGCUGAAAGAAAAUGUAUUUCAAAUGAGAGAUAAUAAAUGGUUAAUGUUUGAUAUACGCUCUUUUUCUAUCUCUGUUCAAAGGGUUCUUUGAGUCAUGAAUCUCCAGAUCUGAUACUGAGCACUAGUCACCUCCAGCCCUGAGACUUUAUUUAUGUAAUGUUUCCUAGCAGUGCAGUGAAUAAAAUGGCGUUGCUUCACUUGAACCAUAUCAGUUCCUAAUCUGUGUUAGCACUGUUAGUUGACAUGUGUACUCCAAUAUAUUAAAACAUCAGAUGGGUGCUCUAUGAUUCACUUUCUCAUGUUUCCGUUCUCGGCCUCCCUCACAUGUUCUGAGGCGACACAGUUAUGUAUGGAACUGAAUGGACCUGUCUUGGUGUCAUAUUUUACGUAACUUUUGCUACAUUGCGCUAAUUAAAAGUUUGUAAAAGCACA